GAAACCUAAGAAAAUUUGGUAUCGCAGCCGCAGCAGACGGAGAGUAAUGGCGAGCACUUCGUCGUCUUCCUCAUCUUCUGCUCGCGAAUUCGAAGUUGAGAAGGAGAUUAAGAGGCAAGAGGUUGCAAUAGAUGAAUUGAACUGUCUCUCUUCUUCUCGUAGAGUCUACCACAUAAACGGGAACCUCUUCUUCCUCACAACCGCGGAGAAAGCGAAAAAGAAUGCGCAAAAACAACUCGACUCAAAAUCUGAAAUCGUCAAGAUUCGUUCGCAGACAUAACUGUGGAGCUUUUGUAGUUGCUUAAAAAUCCAAAGGUUCUUCUCGAUACAGAGCUUACCUCUCUCUAUCUCUCUAUUGCUUCAACUUGUUGAUGUAAUGGAAUGCUAUAUAUCAAUUUUCAUCAGUUUAGUAUGAAACACUAAAGAAAGAUCAAUUUCGUUGAAUUGGUUGCAGAUAUCUUGGAUUUUAAUUUUCUAAAUCAGCUAUUCUGAUAAUAAGUUCCUUUAAUUACCUAAGA